AUGUCCGCAUUGACAAGUUUAUUGAAAUUCUUUACGAAACAGACCGUCAGGAAACAACGCAUCGCGCUGAGCUGUAUCACCGGGAACCCCACAAGAAGUUACGCCGAUAAACAAGAAAAGCACGUUGUGGUGAGAUCCCAGGGGAGUGAUAAUGAUGACCGCAUGCGAGUACGACGCGCGCGCGUGGCUGACGUGCCGCGCGUGCUGCGGUUCGUGCGCGAGCACGCUAAGACCACCUGGCCUGGACUCAUCUCCUCACCACCAUCACCCUCUCAGCUUGUGCUGUGUGACUACGUUGCAAGGGCACUAGCACAGGGUCACUCAAUGUUAGCAGAACAACAAGAACCGCGACGAGGGUGGUCCCAAAUCCGAGGGUUGGCGCUCGGUAUGGCAGUAUGCCCAUGGGACGCCAUGUUGCUGGAACGGUGGGCUCGCUGCGUCAGGUGUAGGCGCUCCCGGAGACUGAUGCACUUCACCGCUCACUGCUUACGAGCACCAGCCCUGCACGACAAAUACCGAGUGCAUAAUAUUUUGCAGAUAAUCCUAAUAGUACCCCACGAUAGUCCGAAAAAUACAGAGAUUGUUCACCUGCUGGUUAAAAAUGCAAUCCAGAGAGGACACGAUGUCGGCUUCCCAGUGUUGCGGUUCGAUGUUGCUGAUGAUGCUAUCGCAAGUGCUUUGGAUAACAUGAAACUAACAAAGGAAUGGCAGUUGAUGUAUGAUGUUCUUCCUGAUGUUGUACAUGAGCAACCUAUAACCGAAGCUACUACAACAAGCAAAAUGGAAUCUAAUAGAAGCAGUUAUUUAGAACCAGGAAAUUUCAUAGCAGUAUACACGGCAUUCACCGAUAGAACAUUAGAAAAAAAUAGCAAUUUUUCAAAAUGUGAAGAUAAAGUAUAG